AUGGCUCUGCAGGAGUAUAAAAUUGUGCAGCAGCAAGAUGAUACAGAUCGUGAUAUUGAGACUUUGAUGUAUCUCAGUUUACAGCGACAGCUUCGUUACUUCAAAAGAGUUUCUUUCGCUCUUGGCAUUUUCCUUUCAUUUUCGCUGUUGUUCAAUGCGCUAUCGAUUCACCAAACCUUGCAAUUGAUGACGAUACCCAUAUUAACACCCAACAAAUACACUGGUCUUGUGCGAAACGUGUCAACUCCUUUUGUCAUAGACAACUUGUUUACCAAUGAGAACCGAACUAUUGCAGAUGCAGCUUGGAGCUCCCCAGAUCUUGAUACGGAAGUCGGGCUCGUGGCUUUGACAGACCAGUACGUCAAGUCGAAAGGACUACUUCCAGCACAGCGCUGGCCUUGGGAUCAUUCGAAAGGCAUCUACAUCCUGAACGGCUUCCACAACCUUCACUGUCUUCAACUUGUUCGAAACUCAGUUCUCGAGGCAUACGAUAAAGUGGCCUUGACAUAUCCACUCGAGCAUGUAUCUCGUUGCCUAAAUGUACUUCGUGAAGAAGUUAUGUGUAAUGCCGAUGACACUCCAAGAUAUACCGGUCGACUAAACGCUGAGAAAGAAAAAGAGCAUCCAACAUCUGGGAUUGGUCAGACCAGGAUGUGUAACGAUUGGGGGAAGCUGAGAAGCUGGGCUGUAGCACAUUCAGGCUGCUUCCGAGCUAUUAACGAAAGUACACCAAAUUUCCCUACUAUUGAGCGUUACAAGUUUUGUCCGGAGGGGAUGAAUUAUUCCUCUCCAACAUCCUGA